AUGCGUAGUGCGAGUUGUCUCAUCACAUGUAUCAUGGCUCGAAAAGAAGUUUCCAAUUCGACUUUGAGCAGGUAUCAAGCGCAGAAAAGCAAAGAUGCUGGAGCUUUGGAAUCUGAUCCAUCUCAAAGACCACGUUACGUUCAGUCAGUUCAGUCGCUUCCGCAGGCUGAGCGAUGGAGACAAACUAUUGUAACUGAGAUAUCAGUCAAACUUACCAAAAUCAACGACCCCAGCAUACCUGAGCUGGAAAUCCGUGAAAUUAACGAGUCACUCAACAAACUUCAUCGUGAAAAGAGAGCGUGGGAGCAUCACAUCAAAAAGUUAGGAGGAAACGACUACAUCACAUAUGGUCAAGGAAAUGGUGGAGUCAGCAGGAACGGCGUGCGAUAUUUUGGACGGGCAAAAGACUUAGCAGAGGUGAAACAAAUGCGUUCAAAUGGAGAAGCAAAUUCGGGCUCUCUGGCUAAGGACAGAAUACUGCUACUGAUUGAAUACUAUGGAAGUGAGAACCUACAUCUGCCCAUCAACACAGAUGAGCGUCUGCUAAUGGAAGAAGUAAACGCCGCUUUGGGCGAGGCGGUUUUGGAUGCUGGCAUCGGGAAAAAGCAAAUAAUGUGGCCUUCGAGCAGAGAUGUAGAAAGGUGGUUGGUAGAGAAGAAGAAGCGUGACUUGCUAGCUCUGCUCCAGCUUUGA